AUGAUGGGUAUAGCAUUCCGACAUGCCGAAGCCGGUGACCAUGAAAAGUACGGCUGGCCAACUACAGCAUACGGCGUAGCCGCGGUAGCACAGGGUAAGGCUUCGUAUAUACUGGGGGACUCAAUCAAGAAUGACCCACGGCACAUUGUGAUGAAUUCGUGCUGUCCAGGUUACGUUGCCACUGACAUGUCUGAUCACAAAGGCACGAAGACAAUAGAACAAGGUGCUGACACUCCGUUUUAUUUGGCUACUCUUCCAAUCGGUGUGAAGGAACCGAUAAACGAGUUCGUCUCCGACCGUCGCAUUAUUCCCUGGUCAAAAGAUGUGGAGAUCAGAUUCUAAACUUAUGCACCACCUCCUGCAGUCCACCGAUGAACACAACCUUUUUCUAAUCGCUUUCUCGUUGCGCCACUUAGUUUCUGUGAUUUUUCUUUAAGCUGAUCAUCGAAUCGCGCCAAUUCAUCCCCCAUUGGACUUUCGCU